GUGUUUGUGACAAGAGUUGGCUACAGUAUGGCAGAAGCUGAACCAACUUUUCGCGAAAAAAGGUUCAGAUUGCCGCGAUGAAGAACAGUUACAAUCAUACAUUAACCUUACGGAUCUCACACUCAUCUUCUUUCAAACACCUCACUUUCUCGACCUUCUGCGCCCAUACUAUCUCUUCCAGGGCUCCACGGUGCACGGCCACAACCCAAUCGCCUCACUCCAAUGGGUUGACACGUCUACGACCACACGUGAGUUCGUGCCGCCAGCAGAACGAGCAGAAGUUGUCCACCGUGCAGUGGAGAAGCUGUCGGCCGGAGCGGAGAAGAACCUACCGUCUCCGGAGUAUUUCCAGUGGUUCCGGUAGCAGCGUGCCUCAGCAAUCAUCCAUUCCGCGGCCCACUAGUGUGUGAGGGUGCUUUUCAGUAGACCGACCCAUUUGCAACAUUGCCAACAACCGUCUGGAGUCUGGAGAUAUUGCAUCUUGCAUCCCGGACACUCGCCGAAAUCCACCGCAACCGAUUUCCAAUGAGAGUAGUCCAGUGCGCAAGGUAUCUAACAGCGGCGUCCCACCAGGCAUCCGUCUGCCCGUACGGUGUACCAUCUGUCCGAGAACUGGGGGAACUGUUCUACGCCGUCGCCACCAUUCUGCUGCACCUGUUUGCCGUCCUGCCGCUGAUCAUCGCUGACCUCAACUAUAGCGUACCGAUCGGCUGCUGGCAGCCAUAGAACCGUACUGCUUCCGCGGCCCCCUUUUGGACAGUCCCAGCUACCCGGAACACCGACCGAGGUGAUCGCCGUAAGCGAACAUUCCAUUUUGUGUUGCUGUGUGUCCCGUAUCGCACGGAAACGGCUAACAUCAUGCUGAAGGUUGUUGGAGCAUCCUGGCAUAAGACCCGGAUAGGGUCGUACAUUCUAAUCGGCGCCCUAAUGCUGGCGGUCGCAGCUCUGUUUCUGGCGAGUAUGGAGCGUCCUAGCUACAAGGGAACCUACUGUGCGACGACCUACUGGGCACGGAAUUCCGGCUAUCGUCUGGAAUUCUGGGGCCAGCGUAAUGAUCUCGAUCAGGUGCCGAAGGGUGCGGUCCGUGCGUGCUUCCGUGAUAGCAUUUUGACGAAUGGAUGGUCUCAGCUGGAGCUAGAAUCUCAAUCGUCCUACUCGGAUACGGUCCAAGCGUAUGCGGCCGGCAUCAUGGAAGGUGCACUAACGUGGCACAACAUUUACAUGCAUUGGUUUAACACCAUCGAUGCCGUUUGCUCGAAAGACGAAGAAUCGGAAGAGUUUUGCGAUUGGUUGCGCGGGCUCAUCACCACCAACGUGGACACGGUGAAAAAGAUGGCGGAUAUGAAGGGCAAGCACGAUUACUACUGGUACCAAAUUGCUUUGUUUUACGAUCAACUCGACGGGCUGGAGAUUGGUUUCCGGAAGGGUGUGAAGCGUUCGCGCAUGGAUUACGAAAUUCCGAAGCAGGACUUUUUGCUGAUGAACGCGGCGGUCGAUAUACGCGAUCUGAAGAUCUACUACACGAACUUUUUGAUGGAAAACAGUGGUCUCAAACCGGAUCCGGCGAAGGGUAUUAUGCUGCUGAAGUUGCUGAAACAACCGGACGGUCUAUCGAAGAUCUUCCUUGGUCACACGUCCGACGGUAGCUAUUCGUCGAUGUUGCGCAUGGUAAAGAAGUACACGCUGCGGUACCACUUCUCGACGGACCUGACGCGCCCUGCCACACCGAAGCAGGAGAAUGAGGAGGAGGACCGCUUUGUAGUGCCUGGUACGAACAUUGUUUUUACCGGGUAUCCGGGUGUGCUUGCCUCGCUGGAUGAUUUCUACGUGAUUAACGGACGCCGCCAGCACCGGCUAGUUGCUGCCGGGGUGAAGAUGGAAAACGAGCACGUUAAUCUGUGGCGCAAGAUUGAUCUGGUGCGUUCGGUCUCGCUAGCACCGCGUGUAAUGGCAGCGAAUCGGCUCGGUCACAGUGGUCGCUCGUGGGCUCGUUACUUUGCCCGCAAUCCUUCGACGGGCGUGAAGCAAUGGUUGAUAAUCGAUAUGUCACGUUUUGUCGCCAGCAAUGACAGCGAUAUAGAACUGGUGACGGGUGCACUACCAUCGUCCGACGAGGUGGACCGAUCGGCAGAAGAAAACGAGAUUCCAACCACACUGGAACAGGAUCUGGCUGACAGUGAACACCAGCAGCAGCGCAUUGUCACCAAGAGGAUGGAUGACUAUGUGGACGAUGAUUUCAAGGAGCAAAUAUCUGGUGCACGGCAGGUUCGAAUGGUAACGGUGCCGAAGCUUGCAGAGCCCGUUGAUACGGACGACGCAAAGGAAAAUGCAUUUGGAACGGGAAUGUUUUGGGUGGUGGAUCAACUGCCCGGUCGGCUACACGCAGAAGACAUCACCGAUAAGAUCGUUUCCGAUGGUUAUUGGCUAACCAAUGGGGUACCCUAUUUCAAAGAGGCACUCGAUAUCGGACAGGCAAACACGAACGCUACCAGCACUACCCCGACGGCCAUGGAAAAGAUCCUGCAAAACAUCACAGAUCUGGAGACGCUGGCCAAGUUCUUCCGCCAGUCCGCAUAUCGGGGCGAUUUAGAUCAGGACGAUCCGGCCGCUUUCGGUAACAUCGAUCUGAAACUCUACAUGGAGGCCGCCGAUGGGACAGUACAUUUCCGUGCGUAUUCUGGACCACUUUAUGAUCCUGUACGGAAUACCGGUAGCACCACAGGGCAAGCAGCAAAACGGAGCAUAAUCAAGGCGGAACAACUGCAACACUCGUCUACCGAUCAGAAAUCACAGCAGACCGAUUCGGGCAGCACGGGCACCACCGUUGGCUCUCGUCCAUUUGAUUGGAGCCGAAUUUUACCAUUCGAGGUGCGCCAUCAGGGCCAUCCAGACGUUUGGGACUUUGAGCAUAUUACUCCGGAAUGGGCGUGGAUAUGACUGCGGCAGGACACAGAAUCUGCGGUGCGGCAAUAGACGGACGGUGUGGGAUGUCUUUAGUUUAAUUAGUUACUCAACUGCUCCUCUAAAUCUGAAGGGUUUUCUUAACUCUGCUGUGCAAUAACGUCCUCAAAUCACCAUGUCUUCCGGUAACUUUAUAGACCAAUUUUAAAAAGCCUGUCUAGGGAAUGUUCUGAAAAGCUGUUAACAGUAAAUUUAAAACAAUUAUAGACAAAUGCUACAUAUUGCGCAAAGUUGCUGUUCCUGUUGAUGGCGUUGCGUUAGCUAAACACAUUUUAUAGACCAAUUUUGAAACGAAAGACAAAAGAAAUCAAGAGAAUGGAA